AUGCUGCUUCCACUGCGUUCAGUUGCACAUGAACUUGACGCUCGCACCGACUUCCAGCGACGAGCACAGGAUGAGCAAAUGAUGUAUUCCGGUCCCCUAGAGCGUGAAGAGGAACGUUACAUUCUAUGCAGGUUCCUCUGCUUCGCAGUGAAAGGCAGCUCUGAGUGCCCAGACGCCUUGAGCUCGUCUAUCCUGCAACAGAAAGCUUUCGAGGCGGAUGGCGAUGGCAAAAGAGAAAACAGCCAGUGUGAGAACAGUACGCAAAAACAAGUUUUUCUUGAUGGAUGCGAGGAGAGUCCUGUAAGAGACAUGUUGGAAAGGCAGCCACAAACAGGGGGCCCGAAAAGUUCCAGCAGAAGGGGCUUCGAAGGUGGCUCACAUUGCCUCAGUGCCGUACAACUUCCACUUGUGUUGAAACUGCCAGCGAGUAGCGGCAUGGAUAAGGAGUUGCCUCCAUGCGCUUGCUGCGAGGAAAGUGACAGAGGGAGCACAUCCGUUGCGACACCUUUGGCCCUGCGGCGAAAGUCGGCAGAAGCAUUUGCAUUGUUGCUGCGCCGGAGGGCAGAAUAUAACUGCUUCUUGCCAUUCCUGUUCCAGCAGCAGAUACAUUCAAAUCGACCACGGAAGCUAUAUUUAUUGCAGCAGUGGGAGGAUGAGGAGUUGCAGCAAGGAGAGCAGCAACAACACGUGGAAGCUCUUGUUGGCCUGCGUCUAUUGCAGACCAACAGCCAGCCGUACACCGGCAACAAUGUACGCACGCAAAGGCACCUCGACAAACUACGAGAGCAUUUGCACAAAAUGAAUCAUCAGCUACUUCAGCUACAGGAGAAGAGAUUUUUACAUAGGCUGCUGAGCAAACAAGAACUGACACUCCACCCCUUGCUUCGACCACAUCGAAGCAUGCUACUGUUGGACAAUGUCACAGAAUGCGGCAAAAGGAGGGAACUGCUGUCGCAAGUGGCUCAAAUUGGCCUACUGGUUGCACUAAUGAUGGGAACGGGUGCUCUCUUGCUCAAUAGUGUGGCGCGAGGGGACCACUGA